AUGUUAAGAUCAAAAUUAUCAUCAUUGAGAGAAUAUUUAACUCCUAUAAAUCAUAAUUCAAAUUUCUUAACAACAGGAGAAAUAAGUCCUGAAGAAUUUAUAAAAGCUGGUGAUUAUUUAGUUUAUAAAUUUCCUACUUGGUCAUGGUCUUCUUGUCCUAAAAAUUUACAAAAAUCAUUUUUACCAGAAGAUAAACAAGUAUUGGUAACAAGACAUGUUCCCAGUAAUGUUAGAGCUAAUAAAUAUUUUGAUAAUGGUGAAGAUGAAGAGGAAGAUGAAGAAGAGCCACAUGAUGCCACAGAUAAUUCAAAUGAUGAAGAAUAUGGAUGGAUUAAGUCAAAGAAACCCAAAAAGACAGAAAAGGAAGAUGAAACAACAAAGGAAAUAAAUGAUAUUGAUGAACUUAUAGAUGAAAAUGCCGAAGAAAAUGAAUUUGAUGAAGAUUUUGAUGAUUUAGAUAUAAAAACAAAUAUAAAUACAAAUUUAAGAAAAUAUGAUCUAUAUAUAACUUAUUCAACUUCUUAUAGAGUUCCAAAAUUAUAUUUGGUUGGAUUUAAUUCAAAUGGUAUUCCAUUAUUACCAAAUCAAAUGUAUGAAGAUAUAAAUUCAGAUUAUAAAGAUAAAACAGUUACAAUUGAAAAUUUACCUGUUGCUCAUAAUACAACUUCUAUAUCUAUACAUCCAUGUAAACAUUCAUCAGUUAUGAAAGUUUUGAUGAAACAUCAAUUAAAAAAGAAAGAAAAAACAAUAGAGGAUUUAUCAAUUAAUGAUGAAGAACCGAAUAGUGAAGAAGAUCAAGGAAUAAGACCUGAUCAUUAUUUGGUUAUAUUUUUAAAAUUCAUUGCGAGUGUUACCCCUGGAAUUGAAUAUGAUUAUACAAUGGACGCUUUAUGA